ACAAUGUACUUGAAAACGAUUUAUACUUUAAUUCACCUACUGAAACAAGUCAAGUCCAUCCAUACGAACUACCAGGAAAUGUUAGGCAUAGGCAUAUGAAUUAUUUAAAUUUUGAUGAUAUUGAUGAUGGGUUAUCAUCUUGUAUUAAUUGUUUUGAGAGUUAUCAAGUCAAUGAAUUUGAUCAAGGGCUAGCUGAUGUUGAAGAUUCUAGAGAGAUUGUGGAGCAAGAUUGGAAUGAUUGGACAUUGGAGUCAGGUGUAUCUAUAGCAUGUCCUAAAUGGUGUGAAAAAUCUGACUACUUAGAAAUUCAAAGAUCUUGCAAAUCAAAAAAUUGUAAAUUAGAAUAUCCCUUUGAACUAAAAAGCAUUGUUAAAUUGGACACAUCAGAAGAUGUAAUUUCAGCAAUAAAGAAUUUCAAAACUGGCCACAGAUUAGUAUAUCCUGAACAUUCUGUUAUGCAGAGAGAGAACAUUUCAGAAAGCAGCUAUGGUUUAUAUGUAAUCAAUCAAUGCCUGAUAGAACUAUUUUGUGAAGAGAAAGAUGUAAUCUAUAAGCAAGGGGAAAUAAUAUUAUCAUCUGUAGAAUCAUGUCAUAAAAGAAAGAAGGUUGUUAACUCAUAUGAACAAAAGGCAGAUGCUUUUUUUACCUGCAUAAAGAAGUCAUUGGUAGAAAUAGGACAUCUUGAAAUUAGUGGUGGUUACAAUAUUGUGGAUAAGCCAUGGUCUACAUGGGACCAUUUAAAGGGAGCAAUUGGGAAUGUGUAUAUGUUAGAAACAAUCAAAAUUGUAAAUGAGGUAUGUGCUGAAAAUGUUAAUAAUAUGUUUGAAAAUGUAUCUCAACUUCCUGAUGGUCUUCCUCUUCACUCAUGUACUCUAUCCAAAGAAGCUCACCAUGCUGGGAUAAAAUCAAUUUAUGCUCAGAGUGAAGUUGGCGCUCCAAAUAAACAAAUUCCUGAAGAAUAUCAAAAUCCAAACAUUUGCAAAUUUGUAUUGGAGAAAGCUGGAGAUCCCAUCACAGAUCUGUUAUUGGAACAAGCAGUAGUGAACAUUAGUUUGGAAAAAUACUUACAAAGUGUUGGUGAACUUGAAA